AAUCACUCCAUAGUCCAUACCCAAAAAAUUACGAUUCAUUCACAUUUUUCAUCCCAUUCUGCAUCGAUAAAUCCACCACAUUUCACUACUUUAUAUGCAUACUAAGCUAAGAAACUGGCUGUUUUUGUGCUGAGAAGAUGAGUUGGAUCUCACGUUUUUAACACUCCACUUCGAGAGGCCUAACGUACGCACACAAAAGAUAGGGAGUGUCAACUAAGGCCAUGAGAACAAGUAACACAUCAAUGGCCCCUAAACACACAUUUUUCUUCUCAAUAAUUGCUCUAUUUCUUUCCGGCCUACAAACAAUAAUAUUCGGUUCAAGUUUGGUAACACCAACGCUGCCACCCCUUCCGAUUCUUCCGCUACCUUCAUAUUCCCAACUCAAAUGGCAACAGAGGGAAAUCAUCAUGUUUUUCCACUUCGGCGUCAACACUUUCACCGACUCAGAAUGGGGGACGGGCCAGGAAAACCCUGCCAUAUUCAACCCGACGGGCUUAAACGCGGCCCAGUGGGUCGACACCGCAAUCCAGGCCGGUGUUUCGCUGGUCAUACUCACGGUUAAACACCACGAUGGCUUCUGCUUAUGGCCUUCCAAAUACACCGAUCAUUCCGUCGUCGGAAGCCCUUGGAAGAACGGCCACGGCGACGUCGUUAAAGAGCUCGUCGACGCGGCGAACUCCCGGAAUGUCGACGUGGGAUUGUACCUUUCUCCGUGGGAUCGCCAUGAUCCGAGAUACGGAGCAGAUAAACUCUACAACGAAUACUAUUUGGCUCAGUUACAAGAACUACUCAAAAAUUAUGGAAGUGUACAGGAGAUAUGGUUUGAUGGAGCAAAAGGAGCGAAUGCAAAGAACAUGACCUACUACUUUGAUGAUUGGUUUUCGAUGGUGAAGGAAUUACAGAGCUCCAUUAACAUAUUCUCCGACGCCGGUCCGGGAGUAAGGUGGGUUGGAAACGAGCAAGGAUUUGCAGGAAGUACGUGCUGGUCCACCAUCAAUCAGACCGAUUUAUCAAUCGGCAAUGCCAGCAUUGUUAAUUAUCUCAACACGGGCGAUCCAAGGGGUACGAAUUGGAUCCCACCCGAAUGCGACGUCUCAAUUAGAGAAGGUUGGUUUUGGCACAAAUCGGAAUCCCCCAAGAAUCUUACCCACCUCCUCCACAUUUACUACAAUUCCGUCGGCCGUAAUUGCGUUUUACUCCUCAACGUCCCUCCCAACACCACCGGCUUAAUCUCCGAAACUGACGUCCACCGCCUCAAAGAGUUUCGGGCCGCAUUGGACGGGAUCUUUUCCACUAAUUUGGCUGAAAAUUGCUCCGUUUUAGCCAGCAGCCAACGAGGUGGUAAAGGCGGCAGUUUUGGCCCAGAAAACGUCGUGGACAGUGACCAUUUGUGGACCUACUGGGCCCCGCGAGAUGACAACACCCAACAUCACUGGAUCGAGUUCAGGCCAACUUCAGAUGGUGGAAGGCUGAGAUUCAAUGUGGUCCGAAUCCAAGAAGCAAUUGGGCUGGGGCAGAGGAUACACCGUCACGAAAUCUACGCGGACGGGAAGAUUAUCGCAAAUGGAACUACAGUUGGACACAAGAAGCUUCACAGGCUCGAAAACGGAGUUGUGGAGGCUACUAGGGUGACCAUAAAGAUCACAGGGUCACGGGCAACACCUUUGAUUUCUUCUGUGGGCCUGCAUUUGGAUUCCUUUUGGAACCCACAUUCCGUUUGAUGACUCUCCAUUUGUUCUUUGGACAAGAGAGGUUUCAGUUUCUCGUGAUUUAAGCCAGUUAAAGAAGCAAAAAUCAAUACAAGAAAUGCAUGGUUUGCAUUGCAUCAUUUUGCAUAUCCUCUCCUUCUAAACAGCAUCAAUCAAUUAACUUUAACUAUAUAUAUGCACUUCCAUUGCGCUAAAUGUUGCUAAAUAUAUACAUACACAACUCGCACGUUAGGACUUUUGAGUAGAAUUCUUAGUGAUCCAUACAAGAAGUUUCGAUUUCACAGUAAAGUUGAACAAACACCUAAGGUUGUAUAAAUCAUAUGGAUCUUCAAUCUUUGUACAAAGUGGACUGUCGAGGUACAUGUGAAAGAAUUGCAUAAUGCUCCUUACCUGAAGUCUUGCGUAUCUAUUUGACUUUAUAUCUAUUGGAAGCAGUCAGAUUAAGGCCUCCAUCAAGGUGAAGAGUUAGCAUGGUUUUGUAUUUAAUUGAUUUCUGUUCCUCACUCAACUCCAAUAUGAAACUUCCCAACAAGACAGCUGAAAAAGUUUUCAUCUGCCUGUAUGCAAACUCCUUUCCAAGACAAAUCCUCGGUCCUGCCUGCAUUAGUUAAUGAUAAUGACACUUAUGAGCUCGCUUAACAACUUGAUACAUAAAGAAUACCCUAAAUGCUGACUACAGAAUGGAAACAUUUGACACAAUUUAUGAUUAGAUUUUUAGAGUUUGGAACGUGCUUCUAUCCUGUAGAUUUGAUUGUCUGUAUACCUGGAAAGCUGGGAACUUGAAA